AUUCAAAAUACACAAAAAUGGCUGGAAAAUCAGGAAAAGGAAUCGGAAAAGUAAGUGCAAAGAGACACGCAAGAAAACCAAACAAAGCUUCAAUUGAAGGAAUCACAAAACCUGCUAUCAGAAGAUUAGCUAGAAGAGGAGGAGUCAAGAGAAUUUCAUCAUUCCUUUAUGAUGACUCAAGAAAUGUUUUAAAGAGCUUCUUAGAGAAUGUUGUUAGAGAUGCUAUCACAUACACUGAACAUGCUAGAAGAAAGACCGUCACUGUUAUGGAUGUUGUUUACUCAUUAAAGAGAUAAGGAAGAACACUCUAUGGAUUCGGUGCAUGAGUUUUAUUUUCAUUCAGAAUUAAUUAAUUCUAUUCUUA